UGGAAAAAAAUCGCAAUCUUCCGCACAACGAAAGGCCAAUUGAACCGAAGUUAAACAGUGGCAUUUCCAGUCUCAGGUUGUCGUUUCUGUAAAAGAAAAUUGCCCUACUCUGUCUCUGUGAAGUGGCUCGUUGGCGGAAUGCUGAACAGAUCCGUUAGCUAAUUGAAUGGAUCUUACAAACGGAUCUCGCUAAUGAAGGUUCUUGUUGAUGGUACCGCGCGAGCAAAUUGGUCAACCGUCUAGAGAAGCCACCACGAAAUGGAAGCCGAAAAUUCCAACAAGUACCAGAAGCUUGCCACCGAAUACUCAAAACUCCGAGCCCAAGCGAGCGUGCUGAAACGAGCCGUGCUCGAGGAGCAAACGAAAAACUCAUCGCUCCGGGAAUCGCUACGCACCAGAGAGGCCACCCUGCGAAAAUCGGAGCAGGAGGUGGACAGUUUAGGAUUCCGUAACAAGCAACUAGAACGGCGCGUUGCAGCACUACAGGAAAAUCUCGAGCAAGAGCUGAAGAAAGGCUCGGGCGGUAAGGCGUCCAAAACGAAAUCUCCAAGCAACGAUAGUAUUGCGGUGCCGGGCACGGAUGCCGGCGUGGUCACGGAAGAGCUGCAGAAGAAAAUCCUCGAAAAUGCCCUGCUCUCAAACACGGUCGAAGACAGGGCGGCCGAGGUAAAGCAGUUGCAAAAUCGCAUCGAGGGACUGAACCGCGAACUGCAGCAACAGGCGGUCGUGGAGCAAAAGCUGCGCAAAGAGCUCGAGUUGUUGACCGUACGCAAUUCGGAGUUGGAAUCGAAAGCUUCCGAAGCGGCCAGCACGAUCGGUAGCGAGGAUGGUCUCAGCGUGACGACGGACAUGGAGAACCACUAUAACCAUUUCACGGUCAGCUCGAAUAGUGCAAACCAGCCACCGGCGAACAAUGGCAACCCUGCUACCAACAAUAACACUUCCGUCGUCAGUCAGGACGAUCGAAUUGUGUUCCUUGAAAAGGAACUUACCCAUUGGCGGGCGCAGUACGAGCUGCUGAAGAUUGAAACCUCUAGUCACAUGAGAACAGCGCCCUUGAAGGUGGAACAAAAGGACGAAAUGAUUGCGUCAAACACCAACGAUGGAAGCAACCGAACGCUGGAGGAUAAUCAGCAGCAAAGUGAAGUGCAGACGCGCGAGCAAAAGUUGAUCGAGUGUUUUACGAAAAGCGCAGAGGAAUUGUUUCAUGACAAAUGCCGGGCGGAAUCGAAACUGGCUUCGCAUUUCCUCGAGUGUCAAAGACUGCAGAUCCAUUUGGAGGUUUCCAAAAAUAGGCUUAAGGAACGGGAGGAAGCCAGCCGAGAGGAGGAGCGUCGUUACCGUAUCAUCGAAGAUGAACUUUCCCGGACACGUCUCAACUACGAAGAACAGAUCACUGUGUUGACAGAGCAACUGAUAAGCUUAAGUGAUCAGCUAGCAAAGGCCAAGUAAUCUACGCACGACAGACCGGUGGCAGGUUCUAUGCAUUCAUUCUUUACAGCGUUAACGACCGACCGGAAGGCAUCACUAGCCAUCGAGGUCUGUUUUGGUCGUAGCAACCCUCACGUGAGAUGUGAAUAUCAUUAAUUUCCUUCGGUGCUGGAAGGACCGUGGCAAGCUGCUGCAAUUGCGAAACGAGACGUCACAACGUCUCGAAAAAAAA